AUGGAAUUGUAUGGGAGGCUCUUGGAGAGCAUCCACCACACAUUUUUUAGCCAUCCAACUUGCCCAGCUGAUGGUCUCCCCAAGACCAGAACGAUGACCGAGUUCAAAUACUUCACUCAUCUCCCGCCAGAGAUUCGCAACGAGAUAUACAAGCUCCUGUUCGUGUCCAGCACCCACAUCCGGAUCUGCUCACCCCGCAAUCGCCGCAGAAGAUGCCCUCCUCGACUUGACUUCACUCGACUAUUACUGGUCAACAGACGGAUCAAUACCGAAGCAAAGACAAUAUUCUACUCCCUCAAUACCUUCGUUAUAGGGAAUAGAGACUGGGGUUCGAGACAGCAGGUCAACCUUCAUGCGUUGAAGGCAUUUAUCUCUCGAGUGCCAAAGGCAUGCAUUUCGAUAAUCUCAAGACUUGAGAUCGAGAUGCGAUUUUAUACGCGACUACCGACGACCUGGACCGGAGGGCCAAACUUUUGGACAGCGGCUCCUGCUGUUUUCCAAAUGCACAAAGGAAACACGGAGCAACUACAGUCCCUCGCUCGUUGUGUGGUGAAGCACUUUACAGGUGUAGAAUUCAUCGAAUUAUCUACAGGUCUUUUGCCUGAUACAGAGCUGAGGGGCGUUUUCGGUCCUGCAGUGAAAGCGGUGGUGAUGAUUUUGACGCUUCCGAAUUUGAAGCAUAUGAUUUUUCGAGGUCAUCUUGAACCAUUCGUCGAGGAAGUCAUCAAAAACAACAAGAGAAAGGACAUUGUAAUCGACUGUUUCACUCCGCGACCUCUGCCCCCACCGAACCCGUAG